CAACGUUACAUCGUUGAUAGACACGACAUCCUUCAUCGGUAGCUUGUAAAUGUUCAACUAUAUUUAGCACCAUAUAUAUACGUGGCUAUCUUAUUACCAACAAUCAACCUUACCUUGACAAUCGGAAACAAGAAAUUCUCGACACAAACUUCUAUCACGAUGGCUAGGACGUUAUCUGACGCAACAGAAAUCAUAAUUACACCUGUAAAUAAGGGUAGAUACGCUGCUAGAAAUACCACCGAGAAUUCUGAUGAUGACUCCCAAUACUACGACUUGGAUCUAAGCGAGGAAUACGAUGUAAUUGACUCUGUAGAUCUUAGUAAUGAGAGUAUGGCGUCAAUCGUUCGGGAUAUUAUUGACGAGACUCUACACGCAGGCACAAUCGAUAGUGAGAGUAUCACUUGUGCAGCUUGCACACCGCCGUUAGGGAUGACAGCACACAAGGAGCGCAGCACAUGGUCAGUCAAGCGAAAUUCUCGACGGGAAUCCAAUAGGAAGAAGUUAUCCAAGAAAUCCACAGCUGUUGCCUCAAACGCUGUACAGCAUUUGUUUUAUAAUGGAUCUGUAGAAAAUUAUAAAAUGGCUACUAGGAAGUCUUCAUCUGCGGGGGGGCUCGCCACAACACAUGUGCUGAAUAAAGUACAAAGCACUCUAUAUGUUACUGCUAAGUCAUAUCUUAAUCGUCUGAUCAGGCGGAAGAAAAAACAGCCUACAAUGGAUGAUAUAGAUUCGUUCUUCAAUGGCACCACCACUGUUGCCCUCAAGGGGUAACGAGAACAUAGUAAAUUAUAAAUUUAAUCAACGAGACGUGAAUAAACUAAAUUAUCAAUAAAUCAACGAGCACUAUAUUUCAGUAAC